AUGUCAUACUACGAUAUUGACGCGAUCCUUACGGAUGCAGAGAAAAUCCCCUGCGAAUUCAACUUCGAAAUCCCCGACCUGGGCCACCUCGACAACAGCCCAGGCCUCCCCCUCAAAGCCGGCUCCAAGCUUGCCCUCCCACUGUGGCUCGCCGAGAUGCUCGCCCUCGCCAACACCUCCGGCGGCGCCGCAGACGAGGACGCCAAAUCUUUCGUGAACCUGUCUUUACCUCCCGCCCUAUCAAGCGAGGUGGUCCAAGCCCUGAAGGCCGACCCGCGCGCCGUUCCGUUGCGCGACCAGAGCACACACUUCUACGGCCUGGCGACGCGUCUCAUGGACCUGUUCGAGGAGAGGGAGCUGGAUGGCGUCCUGAGGAAGACUUUCGUCACGCGCUCGGCGGACCUCGCGCUGCAUGCCAGGAAGACUGGCGGGGCGAGCGGCAAGGAGGAUGGGAGCAAUCUUGGUGUUGGGGUGGAUGGGGAGUUCCUCCGGGGCUUGGACGAAUGGGAAAGGAGCCUGCACCGCAAAGCGCACGAUGGGACUAAGUUGUCCAAGCAAUGGAUGGAAAAUGUCAAGAAGCACUGA